AUGAUGAAACGCAGCUACGAAGAUCCGUCGCUCGAGCUUAUCGGCCGUUCCGCAGCUGAGCGGCGGUUGGACCGUUUCUACAAUCGCCAGAGAUCUCAGUUGCGCAAAACCACUAAUAAGGAUGGGUAUGCAAUAGAAAGAAAAGUGGUUGAAAAGAAGGAGUUACCUUUUCAACCAAGUGAUCACACCGCCACCUCGUCGCCUUCCACAAUUCGCUGUGAUGCGCCGAGUGCUCGUAAGAGUGUGAGAGAUAUACUAAUCGACCUAUCGCAGCGGCACUUGCCGCACCGUGGCCGAUUUGCUAAAAGCCUGAAGCUUCUGACAAAGCUGUGCGUCGGCUAUCUGUCAGACCGCGCUAACGCGGAGUACGCCGGCUUAUCUCUGGACGAUUUUUACCGUGUAUUCGCCAAGUUGGAACGUAUUUUCGUUAUCGAAUUUGGCGGGGAUGUGCCCAAGGACUGUGUCGACAUAAAGAGCGCCGUGUUGGAAUUCGUAGAGUUUGUGGUUGACCGUCUGAUCGUCGAAGGUGACGCCUCACCAGUUCAUAGGCAGUUGUUGCAUCUCCUAAAGCUUGACCUGGGUUACGCUACGUCACUGUGGUACGAGAACGACUCGUUUCGUUUCCAUGCGGUAUUGUCGCAAUUGGAGUCGCAUUUCAAGCGUUUUGAGGCAGUCGCUUCGGAACCAGAUUUAUCGGCUGACCCCGGAACCUCAUAUACCAGGUCUUCUGUUCUGUCAUACCCCGCUGAAGCCUCCGGUGCCCAAAGUGACUCACCUACAGCUCCAUCAAACAAUGUAGGGGGGUCAUGCGAAUCGCCGCCUGGCCAGGAUGGAAACACUGAAGGACCUGUAUCCAACUUAGAAAAGGCAGCAGAAGCGUCGCAUGAAUCCAAAAAAAGCGAAGGUGAUUCACCAACGCCUCAGACAGCUGCUGAUCUACCGGAACCCACCUUGCCCAGCGAAAAAGAGCUGCAUUAUUUGCAGAAGCAGGCCUUCGUUCGCGCGCUAGCUGUAGUAUUUGGAUUCUCUUCAUACCCUUGGGCCAAAGUGAGCAUAGAGACCUUGUUUCAGAAAGUUUACCUACGUCGCGAACUCUUCUGUAACACCGAUCAACAGCGUAUAACGGAUUGGCAGCGCCACAUAAAGGCAUCUAAGGGCAAGACUUUCAAGGGCGGCCUCACGCCCCUUAACAUCGGCGAAUCGAGCUUCCAAGUACAGGACGCCCGUGACGAGAAGAUCGUAUGCGUGCAUGGCUCCCAGGUGUGGAGCAACCGCCAGUUUGGCAUAUAG